CAGUAGCAAGCAGUGCGUACACAAGAUAUACUAGAUAUAGUCAUGAUGUCCCACUUGCCAAACAUCAACACCAGCACCUUUAAGUCUUUGAGAUCAAGACAACCAGCGUUAGUAAUCACAGAGACCCUUAUCUAUACAAGUAUAUCUAUCGCGGCAAUCCUGGGUAAUUCAUUGGUACUGUGGAUUGUAUACAAGAACCGAGCCCUUCGUACAAUCCCAAACUAUUUUGUCAUCUCUUUGGCCUUCUCGGAUUUUUCUUUUUCGUUGUUAUGUACACCGUGGUCUAUUGUUGUACUUGCCACGGGAAAAUGGCCUUCAAACUUCACUGGCUGCCAAGUUCAGGGAUACCUAGUAGUCUGGCUCGGAAUAACCUCACUUCAAAAUCUCAUGAUCAUGGCCUUUAAUAGGUACUGCUGUAUUGUCAAUCAAAACUUAUAUCGAAAGGUUUUCACUCAAAAAAAAACACAACUGUUCAUUUUCUUUGCAUACAUUAUUGCUGCCAUUUAUCCGUUACCGUACAUCAUAGUGGGACAAAUCUUUGUUUUUCAACCUGCAAAAUUUUUCUGCUAUCCGAAGCCAAUGCUUGCGCGAAGUAUAUCAACGAUGUUGAUCUUCAUGGGAAUACCAACGGUUAUAAUACUUAUCUGCUAUCUCAAAGUCUUCUUCGCUCUGAGAAAGCAUCGAAAGAAUCUSCACAAACCACGGUCCGAAAGAGCACUUCAAUUUCAGAGCAUUACGGCCGAAGAAAUUYGCAUUACUAAAACGUUAUUCGCGACUGUUUUUGGAUAUUUAUUAUGCUGGAUGCCAGUUUUCUUCAUCGAGAUCAUAGACCUGGGAUUAGGCGAGGAGUCGCUACCUCGUCAGGURUACAUGAUGUUCACAAUAUGUGGAUUAUCGUCCACUGCCAUCAACCCUAUAAUUUAUGGUGUAAUGAACAAAACAUUCCGCAGAGAAUACAAGAAAGUGUUUAUAUGUGGAGUAUGUGGGGAUAGAAACACCGUCCAACCACUCCAGCCUAACUGUCAAACUCGUCCAGUAACAAUAAAUAAACUAUACCAACAGGAAAAACUGACGAAACCAACACUUGARUCUUAAGAUGCCAGUGCAGUUUUGACAAGAACUGAAUGAACUGAAUGUGAAUCUAAAUACUGAAGGUGAUACCUACUGAUACAUCGAGCAAUGUGAACAACAUAGCUAGCGCUGGGGUCCAUGGAUACGCUUUGUGUCUAGUUCAUGCAAACUUCUAAAGAAUCCAAUACCAAGAAUACAGGCACAUUCGGCUUGGGUUUUGUGAUGUAACAACUCAUUUUUGUAGCAAUUUUGGUGCAGGUGAUGUUACUAACUUCUCUAGUCAGGGGAAAAUUACUAUAGGAGAGUGCAACUCGA